AGGCAGUUAAGAAAAAUAAGAAACCUGCCCCUCGUCGGAGACAAAGCGGGACAAAAAGAAAAAUCAAACUCUUUUUUUUCCCUUUAGUUCCUGAUUCAAAUGAGGGAUUUGUAAAUUAAAGGAAUUUGAAAAAAAAAAACCCUCUUAAAAUCUCAUGAUUUUCUCGUUUCGUCAACUUCUAAGAUCUCGAAUAUAUGUAGUUUUUUUCCACAGCUGUUGAAAUUAUUUGUCAAAAUUUCAGGGGGUGAAAUUUUGGCAUUGUAGGUAAAACUUUCACCAGCAUUGUCAAGAUUGAAGCUUUUUCUGGUAACGUGGAAUAAUUGCGAAGUUUGUUGUUACAUUUUGAAGAUAAAGAUAACAAAUUCUAGGGUUUGAAGUAGAAUUUGAGCUAUCUUGUUUUUUAGAGUUAGAAUUGUUGAAUUAAUGGGUUAGACAAAAAAAAAGGGGGAGGAAAAUUCAAACCCGUUUUAUUUGUGAAACUUUACACAAUGGGGUAGCUCUCUGAAGUGGAGGUGUUUUCAUGGAGCAAAGUUGGAAAACAAUAAUAUGGGAAGAUUGGUGGUCUGAUGGCUUCACCUUGAAUGGCUGAUUUCCAGAAGAAUGGUCUCGCCGAGAAGGACAUCGACCAGGCCAUUACUACGCUUAAGAAAGGAGCCUCCUUGCUUAAGUAUGGACGCAGAGGAAAACCUAAGUUUUGCCCUUUCCAACUCUCCAAUGAUGAGUCUAAAUUGAUAUGGUACUCUAGGAAGAAAGCGAAACAUAUUAAGCUCAGUGAAGUUUCCAAGAUCAUUCCUGGACAGCGUACAGCAAUUUUUCAACGAUAUCCUCGGCCUGAAAAAGAGUAUCAAUCAUUUUCACUGAUAUGCAAUGACAGGUCCUUGGAUUUGAUAUGUAAAGAUAAGGAUGAAGCUGAAGUUUGGUUAAUAGGUCUUAAGGCAUUGAUUUCUCGUGGUACAUAUCACAAGCGGAGAACUGAAGUAAAUGGCAAUGCAUCAGUAGAUAGUUCUCAACCAUGCGACCAAAAAGCUUCUCCCAAUUCGCCAUUGGAUCCAGAAGAUGCUCAAGGAAUUCAAGCACCGUAUGAGGCACACAAUAGAUUGGGAAAGGCAUUUGCUGAUAUAAUUACACAUACUUCUUUAGUCAAGAGUGUCAGUGAACCAGAUUUAGUUGGCUUCGGCUUAGUAUCAGCUGGGUCUGUAGAUAACUCAAAUAGCCGGAGUUCUGGAGGUGAUGCAAUUAGAAUCAGUUUAUCUAGUGCUGUAAGUUCAUCAAGCCAUGGCUCUUCCCGUGAAGACUUUGAUGCCUUGGGAGAUGUUUUCAUUUGGGGACAAGGUAUUGGUGAUGGAGUAUUGGGUGGUGGUACUGAUAAAGUUGAUGAUUCGUUUAACACGAACUUGGAUGCACUUCUGCCAAAAGAAUUGGUAACAACAGUGGUUCUAGAUGUGAAUAAUAUUGCUUGUGGAGAUAGGCAUGCAGUUUUGGUCACAAAGCAAGGCGAGAUUUUCAGUUGGGGGGAGGAAUCAGGAGGCAGGCUUGGGCAUGGUGUGGAAGCAGAUGUUCCCAAACCUAAGCACAUAGAUACUCUCAAUGGCACGAAAUUUGAAUCAGUAGCAUGUGGGGAGUAUCACUCUUGCGCUGUUACAGUCUCUGGGGAUCUUUUUACAUGGGGUGAUGGAACACACAACUCAGGUCUUCUUGGGCAUGGAACUGAAGUCAGUCACUGGAUCCCCAAAAGGGUUAGCAACAUGGAAAGUAAACAUGUCUUAUAUGUAUCCUGUGGACCGUGUCAUACAGCUCUGGUGACAUGUGGCAGCCAGUUGUUCACAUUUGGAGAUGGAUCUUUUGGUGCCCUAGGCCAUGGGGAUCACAGUAGCUCAAACAUUCCCCGGGAAGUAGAGACUUUAAGUGGAUUACAUACGACAAGGGUUGCCUGUGGUGCUUGGCACACUGCUGCAGUUGUUAAGAUUAUGUCCGAAUCAUAUGAUUCAGGGUCUCCUAGUAGCUCUUCUUCAGCAAAGCUGUAUACAUGGGGGGACGGAGAUAAAGGCCAACUUGGACAUGGUGAUAACAAACCAAGACUUUUUCCCGAAUGCGUUGCUGCUCAUUUUGAUGAAAAAAUCUGUCAGGUUGCCUGUGGAUAUAAUCUCACAGUUGCUCUAACAACCUCUGGGCGAGUAUAUACAAUGGGGAGUUCUGCUUAUGGUCAAUUGGGGAGUGCUACAGCUGACGGCAAGGUUCCAACUCGGGUUGAAGGUAAAAUAGCAGAUAAUUUUGUGGAAGAGAUUGCUUGUGGAUCAUAUCACAUUGCUAUUUUGACUUCCAAAACAAAGGUUUAUACUUGGGGAAAGGGCUCAAAUGGGCAAUUAGGUCAUGGAGAUAUCAAUGACAGAAAUACACCAACCCUAGUUGAAUUUCUGAAAGACAAGCUAGUCAAGAGUGUAGUUUGUGGUUCAAACUUUACUGCAAUUAUAAGUCUUCAUAAAUGGGUAUCCGUUGCUGAUCAUUCUAUAUGCUCUGGUUGUCGAAAUCCAUUUGGUUUCAGAAGAAAACGUCACAAUUGUUAUAAUUGUGGGCUAAUCUUCUGUAAAGCAUGCAGUACUAGAAAAUCUCUGAAAACUUCUAUGGCUCCGACUACAAACAAACCAUAUAGAGUGUGUGAUGAAUGUUUUGUUAAAUUGAGAAAAUCUGCAAAAUCUGUUUCUGUAGUAUGGACUUCAAAAGCCAAAAAUGGAAUUUUGCCUUGUAAAUCCAUGGAUAGAGAACUCUGCAGACUUUCUCUUGACUCAAGCUAUCAGGCUGAAAGUAGGAAUUUCAAGCAUGAAUUGAAACUAGAAUCACAGGCUCGCCCCCUCUUCCCUGUUCAAAAUGGAAAUUUUCAUCUCGGAGGAUUUUUUUCACCAAAGAUGUCAAUUUGUCCGGUUAGAGAUUCCAAGAAAAUUUUACCAGCUUCCAUUUCAAGUUCCAAAAAGACUUCUCGGGCAACAUCUCCUGCUUCAGGGAAGUUGGGCCCAAAUCGCUCUUCUGAAGUAACCUUUGAUGAUUCAAAGAAAAUGAAUGACAGUCUUAACCGAGAGAUCAUAAAUUUAAGGGCACAGGUUGAAGAUCUUAGUAGCAAAUCCAAACACCUUGAAGCUGAACUUGAAAAGACAUCAAAGAGAUUAAAGGAGAUCACUGCAGUAGCAGAAAAUGAAGCUAAAAAAUGCAAAUCAGCAAAUGAAGUUAUUAGAUCUCUUACUGCUCAGUUGAAGGAGGUGACUGAUAAACUUCCAGCAGGCAAGAGUGCGCUCCACAAUUCCAGUUCUAUUGCCACAAACACCCAGCGUAUGCACUCGGAUAAUAGCCAUGCAACCAGCAUAAGGCUUCCACGAAGCGAAGUAAGUUGUAAUCUAGACAACAUCUCCAUGUCUCAUGGAACCAAAGGACAAACCGAAAAGUCGGAGACAAUAAUACAAGAUGAACCAGGAGUGUACUUAACUUUGUCACCCUUGCCUAAUGGCAAUCAUGAACUCAAGCGUGUUCGCUUUAGUCGGAAACAUUUCACAGAAGAACAAGCAGAAAACUGGUGGGCUGAACAUGGGGAUAAAGUAUGCGAACGCCAUAAUAUCCGAAAUACAUGUUAGUCGUGAAGCUUGGACACCAUUAGAUUUUCUAAGAACACUGGAUUGGGUACUGCCAUCGCCAUUUUACUUGAAGCUUAUAUCAAACAUUUUACUUGUAACUGUUGAUUUCUUCUCCAAAUUACAUGGAGGAGCUUAUAUCAAGGAUCAUGUCAGAAAUUAUCAGGUAGUGUGAGUUAUUGAAGCAUAUAGGAAGAAAAUGAAAGGAUACAAGAAAUUGCAUUUUUAACUUUUGUUGUUGUUUUUUCUUUCUUGGAACCUGAGAUUAGUUAACAGAUUAUUUUCUUCGUUGGAGCAAUUUUGUUGCCUUCAGGGUAGCGCAACAUAUCUUUUUCAAUUCAAGAACACUACUCAAUUUUAAUCUU